AACCAACCCGCCAAGCCAGACGUCAGCCUUCUGCCAGACAUUGUCCCCACACCUGCAGCCUUAAGCAGCCCACUCGCCGCCCACUCGCCGCCCACCCGUAUAACCGCACGAAAAGAUGUCCACCUCCUCCGCAUACGCCGCCCUCCUGGCCACGUUCGCGAUGCCCGCCAGCGGCGCACACGACGCACACGCAGCACACGCAGCACACGCAGCACACGCAGCACACGCAGCACACGCAGCACACGUCCCGCUGCACACCCUCGCCGCGCCCGCCGUCACGACGUUCGAGCACACGAAGCGUGCGGCCGUGUCGCGCCCGAGCUCGCCUGGCCCGCGCACGCGCGCACGCACACACCACAACAGCAUCAAGGCGAGCGCGGACUCGUACGCCCCUGUGUUCUUCUGAGCACCAGCCCCCGCCCCCUGCCCCCCACCGCCCGCCGCCGCCGCCCCGCCCCGCCCCGCCACUGGCACUGCAACCGUCGCAGCUGCCACUGCACCGCUCUGCAUGCCCCUAGUACACGACGAGCACCGUGUGGAUCCGAGGGCUCUUGCUUCUUCGGCAUUCGGUGUCUCGGACACCCGCUGGGCCUCGUCGUCGCUCCGAUGUUGCGAGCCCACGCAGCACACACCAGCACAUCGUAUCGCCCGUCUUUGGCUUGCGCUGCGCCUUCGGUCCCGAGGCCGAGGCGCAGCGAGCAAGACGGCAUAACUUAUCAACUUGGGAGGGAGUCGUAAAUUAUCGGAUGUUGAGAGUGGUUAGCCGAAAGUUAUGGGAGAGGGUGCGUUUGUCUGCAUGAACACUCUUAGCAUAAUAGGACAUGUGCAUCUCGUAAGACAAGUACAGUAUCUGUUGUAAUAGCCCCCAGCUGUAGUUCUCAUCCUAGUCACAAGUUUACCUUUAGUAGUAGUAUAUAUUCCGUCAACUGGUAAUCAACAUUCUGCUACAUCU